AGUCCUCUCUUGUGAGAUACAAAAUAUGCAAUGCUCCGAAAUAAGACUGUAGCAAAUAAGCAAAUACGACAUUCACGUGUGCUAUGGUGCUCGCACAGUAAAGUGAGGUUAAGGAUAUCAUCGUUCGCACAUGAUUCGCAUGCUGUUGAAUGUAUCAACCGCAACUUGUUGAAUAUAUCAAACAGGCAUAAGUGUUCUUAAUAAAUAAACUCGGGACAUCUCCUUGCUCGUCGUGAAUUAUAAUCAAGUCGCGAAAAUGGAUUACGAGGAGGCAAAGUGCCCGGACGAGGAGGAGAACGAGUUUUACUUCGAGUCUGAUCAUCUGGCAUUGAAGGGCAACAAAGAUUACAGUGCCUUCUUGAAGACGAUAGUCAUUCUCGAGGCCCAACGGACACGGGCGAUAGAAGAUCUGGACAAGCUCAUGUCCGCACGCGCCAGAGCUAUGAAGGAUCCGAUAUCGUUCGUGGCGCAGUUGCAAAACGGUGACUUCCCGGAGCUGCCUGGUCUGCAGAAGAUCGCCGAGCUCCCUUACAUCGACUGGUCGCAGUACAACAUAGCGGUGCCGGACAUACGCAGACCGCAAACUCGACACGGACACUUGCUGCCUCAGGUUCAAUCAAAGGCUGAACAGGAGUCCGGGAAGGUGCUGGUCAGAGGACGUGCUUUCGACGACAGCAAGCCUGAGACUUUCAAUCAGUUAUGGACGAUGGAGGAGCAGAGGCGACUCGAGGAACUCUUGAAAGAAUAUCCUCCAGAGGAAGUAGAGAUGAGACGUUGGACUAAGAUAGCAAACGCGUUAGGGAACCGUACGCCCAAGCAAGUAUCCAGUAGAGUACAAAAGUACUUUAUUAAGCUGCUAAGGGCAGGUUUGCCCAUUCCUGGGAAAGGGCCUAAAUUGAAACUCGAUGCCAAAAAGGGUUUAACUCACCGACACCGUAACAAUCAUUUGCUGUUUAAACGCUCAACGUUCUUCCCACAUCAAGAUAUUUCCUGCAACAUGUCGGAGGAGAUCAAGGAGCAGUCUGUAGCAGACGAGCUCGUGGACAACACGACAAGCAGAGGAAGCGAUGAUAAUCCUGAGUUGAGGCAAAUCAGUCUGCUGCGUCAGGUGAAGGCUGAAAAGGAGCAGGAUUCCUCUUCCAUGUACAAGCAUGUUGGAUACAAGUGCGCAGGGUGCGGCGAGGACCCUCUGAAGGGAACUAGGUGGCAUUGCGCGGAGUGUUACAGCGGAAUCGAUCUGUGCGGCGACUGUGCAGUGACGCAAUUCGAAUCGGAGAAACCCGUGCACGAUCCAUCCCACAGACUGAUUCCCAUGAAACCACCGCAGUGCACCAGAAGCUACGACGUCGAUUACUUUCCACAAAGCUUCAGCGCUUCUUCCUACAACUAUCUCGAUCCAAAUUUCCUGCCUGAAUAGGGCUCCUCAAAGCGAGUUUACAAAGGAAGUUGUCGCAUUAAAGAA